ACUACGCCCCCAUCAAUUGCGAAGGGAGAAGACUACUACUGACUGUAGGUCUACAUGUAGAAACCUAGCAAAAUAUCAUUCCCCUCAUUUGAUUCUCUUUUCCUUCCAUUUAUUCUCAAAUCCCUCUAUAUCAGAUCAGUAAUCUGUAAAUUGAGAACAAGAUCCAACUUUUCGUCCGCUCACAUCAUCGCCAUCAUGCGCGCUGCUUCAGCACCCGCCGCCGUUACCCAAAACCCUCGUUCCCAUAGGAAGAAGGCCCAAUUGAAUUCUCAGAAUCCAAUCAAAACUCCGCCAUGCCCUAAUAAAACAUCAGCGAUCGCCAAUAUUUCCAUCUUGGUCGCCGUACUCUUUGCUUGCGGAUUCCUGUUGUUCCCGUGUCUCAAGUUCUUCUCCUAUGGCUUCUCUGAUAUCUGGAAACUGAUGGUCGCUACAGUAGACAAGGAAUUGGGUAUUGGUAGUGGUGUUUAUUUAGUGAAUGGAUUUGGAUUUAUGAUUGCUUGUUCUGUCAUACUCUGGUUUUUAAGCUGUUGUGUUGGGAAAAAAUGUGAUAAUCCAAACUGUCGGGGGCUAAGGAAUGCUCCGGAAUUCGACAUCAAGAUUGAGACGGAGGAUUGCUUGAAAAAUUUGCAUAAUUCUGCAGGCGGAGAUGGUGGGGAUAAAGGUUUCUUUGAGUUGAGUGAAGAUUACAAUAGAGAAUUUGGGGCUGAAUUGAAAAAGAUGGCACCUUUGAAUGGAAGAGCUGUGCUUAUAUUCCGGGCAAAGUGUGGUUGUUGUGCUGGUAGAAUGGUGGUUUGGGGGCAAAAGAAGGCACGUUAGGCUAGAAAUGAAGAAUCUAUUGUGAGAAGGUGAUUUGAGAUAGGAUGAUAGGAACACAGCUUUUGGAGAUAUAAUCUUUAUAAAAUACACUGCUCUUAUUGCAAAUAUUACUAUGG